AACCGUAGAAGAAGAUAAAGACCUAUUGCGCAACAACAUGGCUGCCUAGUGUACAAGGUUUUGUUGUUGAGGAAUGUUGACAGUUCAGACUGCGGUUAAUAUACAAAGAUGCAAACAUCGCGAGUGAUAUAGUUAGGAAGCCUCGCGGUAAGAUGGGAGUGUGGCGUCUUGCGCGGGUUUUGUCCCGGGCAUUGUCGCUUAAGAAAUCGGCGUGUGGAGGAGCUUUGGUCACCACCAGUCCCUCCUGGGUUCUCUCCAGUGGUACGACUGUGCUGCAGGGCAACACUUCCCGCUCUUACUUUUCAACAGGACCACCAGUCACAGAGAGCACCGAGCUAGUGUACAGGAGUCAUGGAGAUCCAUCACAAGUGGUCCAGUUGGAUACUCGCAAACUUCCCGAACUGGAAGCUAAAAGUGCCCUUGUGAAAAUGCUUGCAGCUCCCAUCAACCCUUCGGAUAUAAACAUGAUCCAAGGAACCUACGCUAUACUGCCUGAUCUUCCAGCUGUUGGUGGUAAUGAGGGAGUGGGUCAGGUCUUAGAAGUGGGCAGUCAGGUCCAAACGGUGAAAGUGGGUGACUGGGUCAUUCCUAGAGAUGCUGGUCUAGGCACAUGGAGGACUGCUGCUGUUUUCAGUGAAGAUGAUCUGGUGACAGUGCCCAGUGAUAUCUCCAUCCUUUCAGCUGCCACUCUAGGAGUCAACCCUUGCACUGCAUUCCGAAUGCUCUCUGAUUUUGAGUGUCUCAUGCCAGGAGACACAGUCAUCCAGAAUGCAGCUAACAGUGGAGUUGGACAGGCUGUGAUCCAGAUAGCAGCAGCAAAGGGUGUCCAUACAAUCAAUGUAGUCAGAGACAGACCGGACCUACAACAGCUGACUGACAGACUAAGAGCAAUGGGAGCCACUUACGUCAUUACAGAGGAGAUGUUAAGAAAGCCGGAAAUUAAGGACAUCUUCAAGGCUUGUCCUCGACCCAAACUGGCCCUUAAUGGUGUGGGAGGAAAAAGUGCCACAGAGCUUCUUCGACAUUUACAAACUGGGGGCACCAUGGUGACAUAUGGGGGGAUGGCCAAGCAACCAGUUACUGUGCCUGUGAGUGCUCUCAUCUUCAAGGAUGUAAAAGUACGAGGAUUCUGGGUCACUCAGUGGAAAAGAGACAAUAAGCAGAAUGAAGAGGCGUUGCGUUUCAUGUUGGAAGAGCUAAGUACACUAAUCCGUGCUGGAAAGCUGUCAGCCCCAUCCUGCACAGAAGUGGAAAUGAAGGACUUCCACAAAGCUCUGGACAAUGCCAUGAAGCCAUAUAUUUCCUCUAAACAAAUCCUGGUCAUGUGAUCCCUCACAAAUUCAGCUUUUAACAAUAGAAAUUAUUGCACCAUAUCCAUAUACAAAAAUUGUGCUUUUAACAUUAAAAUCCAAUAAAUACUAUCAAUUUGUGUUA